CAUAUCUACAGAAUUCCCUAACAGACUGGCACCACAUCCGUAAUCUUGUUUGGUUUUAGGCGAAGCUGUGCGGAUUUUGGGUUGUGUAGGUGCUGGGGUUAGCGUUAUUUAGACUACAGCUUUUCGCCAGCUAGCUGAACAACAACAUCGAGGGGUUUAGCGAAUACACACGGAUAGCUGGCUAAACACUGUGCGUUUUAUUGAUAUUUAUAAUACCCAGCGAUACAACCUCGAGACAAAUCGGAACAAGACCAGUCUCAGGGCUCACCAUACUCAAUGAGCGUACAGCGCAAUGUCAGAGCGCUCUGGGCAAACAGCAAAGGGGAAGGAUGGCAAAACCAAGUAUGCGUCUCUCAACCUGUUUGAUACUUACAAAGGAAAGAGCCUUGAAGCACAGAAGCCUGUUGUUGCCCCUCGUCAUGGCUUGCAGUCUCUUGGUAAAGUUGCUUCAGCACGGCGCAUGCCCCCCCCAGCCAACCUGCCCAGUCUAAAGGCAGAGAACAAAGGCAACGACCCCAACGUCACGCUCGUUCCCAAAGACGGCACAGGAUGGGCAAGCAAGCAGGAGUCAGCAGACCCAAAGAGUACCGAUGUAUCGUCUUCACCGCAGCCGGAGUUGCAGCAGCCUACGGCUUCACAGACACCUGCACCGAGCCUGCCGAGAACACCUCCAGCUCAAGAGGCCCAAGCUCAAACUACAGCUCAAGCCGCAGGGACAAGGUCUUGGGCUCAGGCCAGUGUUACACAUGGAACACAAGGAGAUGGUGGAAAGGGAUCAAACCAACAGUCGCCAUUCUCUCGCGAGGAAUUUCCCACCCUGCAGGCGGCGGGCGACCAGGACAAAGCUGGCAAAGAACAGGCCACUGCAGAUCAGUGGUAUGGGCCAGGACCAAGCCUCCGCCCCCAGAAUGUGACAAGUUGGCGGGAUGGUGGGGGCCGUGCAAUGGCACCCACCAUAACAGGGGAGGGGGUAAUGGAGGGCGGUGUUGGGGGAGCAAUAGUAAUGGAGGGUGCUGCUGGGGCCCCUCCUCUCCAGCAGAAUCCGCCCUCCCUUGGGCUGCCUAGAAACCCUCCUGCCGGCAGCCCCACCCUUCCCCUCCCCCAGCCUCCUGUUGGACCGCAGUUCCCUGCUUACAGAGGAAUCAUGCCUCCCUUUAUGUACCCACCGUACCUGCCCUUCCCACCACCUUAUGGUCCACAGGGACCAUAUAGGUUUCCACCACCAAAUGAGGCUGCUAGAUUUCCUCGCACACAGGGGGGUGCUGGACCAGAAGGGAGGCCCCCAGGGGGUCCUCGUGGCGAGGUGGUCAGACGCCCUUCCAUCCUGAAACAGGAUGACCUCAAGGAACUGGAUGAGCUAGAUCAUGAUGGAGAUGAAGGGUGGGCUGGGGCACAAGAGGAGAUUGACUACUCUGCCAAAUUGAAGUUCAGUGAUGAUGAAGGAGAGGAUGACGGAGAUGAAGAGAAGGCUGAAGGCCAGAAUGGAACACGGGAGCAGCAGAAAUCCCAAGACGGACCUGCUCCAACUAUACGUUCUCGAACAUCUGACAGUGGAGGGGAAAUGCGCACUCCUCCUUCUGUUACUGAAGACCCCUCACCAACACCCUCCAGCAAGCCAGGUUGGGCCGAGGAGGGAGAAAAUGGCAGGAGUGGUCAGACAAACACGGGGCCCUACCAGGGGCGUAGGCCUGGACUAGGUGGCCCUCGGGAGCAGCCCUCCCCCCCACAGGGGUCACUUCUUGGGCAGUGGCCCUACUCCUACUACCGGCAGGACCGACCCCCAAACCAGACAGCCUCCCAGAAGCCGCCUGAGGCACAGGCAGGUUCUCCUGCACCGCCGCCCCCUAGAGCCCUGCUUCCCCAGCAGCAGGGCGAAGACGAAGAUGAGACGUGGCGUCAGAGGAGGAAGCAGUCAUCAUCAGAGAUUUCUGCAGCAGUAGAGCGUGCCCGGCGUCGACGGGAAGAGGAGGAACGUAGAAUGGAAGAAGAAAGGCGUGCUGCAUGUGCAGAGAAGCUGAAGAGGCUAGAUGAGAAACAGCAACAGCAGCAACAUCAACAGCAGCAGCAACAGAGCAUCAAGCCCCCUGCUGCAGGUGAAGUUACUCCAAGCAGCCCUAGCCCUUCCUUGCCAGCAUCAGUUUCCUCCUCCAGUGCAAGUCAGCCCCCAUCACCUUGCGUGGACAUAGAGGAGCCUCCUCUUGCAGCUGCUCCGACAGCUCAGACAGUUAGCACUACAGUGGGGCUAAGUGCUAAUGCUAAUAACAGGCAAAGAGCUGGCAGCAACAGCAGCUAUGACUCAAGCUCAGAGUCCCCGCAAGUUGCUCAGCCUCCUGCUCCCCAACUUCAGCAACCCAUUGAUGUCACGGGACCAGUGGAAAGCAAAGAGGAGCCCAUCAUAAGUAGUGCACACAUUCGGAGCAACAGAAGUGGAGAUGAAUCUGUGAAAAUGGAAGGAGUUUCUGUAGGAGCAGGAAGACAGGGGAGUGGAAUGCCUGGCCAGGGCUUUUCCAAAUACCAAAAGUCCCUGCCACCUCGUUUUCAAAGGCAACAGCAGGAGCAGCUUCUCAAGCAGCAGCAGCAGUGGCAGCAGCAGCAGCAACAGCAACAUAGCCAAGCAGCCCAAGCCCAGCUUCAGUCCCAGCCAAAUCAGCAGGGUCCCUCUCCCGGUGCCACACCGCAGUCAGGCCCUAAACAACCUGCUCUCUACCCUCCUGGCUCCAUGGGUCGCCCACCCCCUCUGCCCAUGAAUUUUGACCCUCGUUGGAUGAUGAUGCCCUACAUGGACCCCCGGAUGAUGCAGGGUCAUCCUCCUUCCAUGGACUACUACCCUCCCAGCAUGCACCCCUCUGGUCUGAUUAAUCGGGAGCGCUCAGAUUCUGGUGGUUCUGGAUCGGAUCCCUUUGAUAGGCAGCAGCAUGGAGGCCCCCCUCAUCCCCAUCGUGGUACACCCCCAAUGGAUCCUAAACUUCCCUGGGGGGCAGAUGUCUUUCCAAGUGGCAAUGAGGGUCGCCCUCUGAGCUCUCCGCUAAGGCAGAAACAAACUCUGGAAGAAGACGACAUUGGUAAAGGCUCAAGGUCUGACACUCCUCCAGUGCGUAUGCGGGAAGGUGCUACAGGCCCAAUUCAGCCACCUGUUGUGACCCCUAAUUCUACUUCUGGUUCUUCUGAUCAAACUACAGCACCUAUAGCAACUCAAGUUGGUUGCCAGGGAGGCGGCCAUCACCAGCCCUUCUUGUCAGCACGAGCAAAUUACAACAGCUUUGCUGAUAAUGGAUCCAGAAUGGCUGCUCACUCCCAACAAAGAGGAAACAGUGCUGGUGAGCUUCGUGGAUUUGGCCAUCAGGAAGAAGGCCCACAGGGCAGCCAGCAGAAUCAAAUCUGGGGAGCUCCACAUGCUCACUUUGACCGCAAUGGUCGUGCUGAUCCCUCUUCCUUGGAGAACAACCCUCAUUUACAGCACCACCAUGCCCAUCACUCUCAUCCUUCUCAUUUCUCUCUUCAUCCUCACAAACGAGAAAAUGGCAGAGAGCGAGAGAGGGGAGCAGAGCCCAAAAAGAGCGAAACCACACCCCCACUUCACCAGCCGUCCCUUUCCUCUUCUUGCUCUUCCUCUUCUUCUUCCUCUUCAGCGAGGGAGGAUGGCAGUGGAAAGCAGUCACUGCACCAUCCCCACCCACACCCCCACCAUGAGCAUGACACUGGGCAUGUAAAUGUCAGUGGCCGCAAACAAGACAAAACAGGAAGUGCGUACACUCACACACAGUCCUCCCAGCAUUCUGUGCAGCAGCACCACCCGAAAUCUAACUUGCGUGGUCGGGAGCAAAAGACUGAGACUCAGUGGGGUCCGAGGCCUGGAAGCAGCAAUGUGAGUGGUGGUCCUACACAUAACAGAAAGGCAGGUACUGGACACACAGUAGCAGAUGACUCCAUCAAUCAGAGUGAUAAGCCUGCUGUUCAGUCAGGAAGUGGUAACCCCAACAAGCGGGCGGGUCCUAUUAAGCGGCCUGUGCUGAAGGAAAUGAAGAGGGAGGGUGGUGAAGGUGAAGGAGGAGAGAAGAACACUGGAGGCUCUGGGAAAGAUAAAGAGCAAGAUACCAAUCAGGCAUCUGUCAAGCAAGAGUUAUCUUCUGGUCCUCAGUCCACGUCUGGACCCUCUGGAAAAGAUGAACCCACUUUGUCUGGAAAACCAAGGAAUGGUGAAAAAGAUCGAAGUUCAGGUGGGAGACCAAGUAAAGGACCCAAAGAAGGAGACCUCUCUGUCCAAGCUGCUGGCUGUCCAGCACCACUGUCGAGAAGGGACCGUGAGCGUUCAUAUGAAAGGAGUGGCAGUGGAGGGGGUGCUAAUUACCAUGCAGGCUCUUCUCGAGGCAAUCGUGCGAACCGUGGAAGAGGGGAGUUCUAUGGUCGGGGCAGAGGCUACAGGGGCACCUACACAGGCAGUGCACGUGGCAGGGCAGGGGGCAGAAGCAGCAGAGACUACAGGUCAACUGCUAACAGUGGCUAUCAGCAUGGCCCCUCCAACCAAGAUUACAAGAGGGAAGUCUCAUCUGGCAGACAUGGCCAGGGGGGCUCUCAGCCAAAUCCCGGGCGUGCCAGGAACCACAGCGAGACCCGAAGUGAGGGAUCAGAAUAUGAAGAGGUGCCGAAAAGGCGAAGACAGAGGGGGUCUGAAACGGGCAGCGAGAGUGCUGCUAGUGACCUUGCUCACUCUGAUAAGGAAGAUCGCAAGGCAAACCCUAAGAAAGGAGCUAUAGGAGAGAACCCAGUAAUAGCCAAUUCAUCCAACUCUGUCCCUCCUAGAAACACCCAAGCCAGAGUGUUCACACCUAGGGGAGUGCCUUCUAGACGUGGCAGAGGUGGAGGUGGCGCUGGGGGAAAUGUCUACAGAAGUGCAGGUGGUGGAGGAGGAGUUUCUGGAGGGCACCGUGGUGGACCUGGCUCUUCUCAAGGUUUGUCAUCUAAAUCCUCAGCAUCGAUGAGAAAGCAACACACACCUUCGCAGCCCUCCCCACCAAAAGAAGUUACUCGUGGACCCAUUGGUGAAAAGAAGGAGAAGGCUGCAGAUCAGAGCCAGGCUCACAAUCUGGGCGUAAACUCUUUGGUACCUUCUACUCCCUCUGUACCCACAACUGCCCAACAAGGCACUGAAAAUGGUGGUAUUGCACAGCUGCCCACAGUCCACAACACUUCCAAUUCCACUGGUCCCACAAACAAACCGGUCCCUCUGCCUAAUGCAGAUGGGCGGAGUUUCCCUAACAGAGGUUUCGACCGCCCCCCUCGUCGAAGGCGCCAUGGACGCUCUCAGCAUCAACAAGACAAGCCCCCCAGGUUCCGACGAUUGAAGCAGGAACGAGAGAAUGCAGCCCGCAUUAAUGGAAGCAGUGGAAUCAUUGAAAUUGUAGGUGGGCAACAGCAGAGGUCUGCUUCGCCGUCCCAGAAUUCCAUGCAGGAAACAGACGGCACAUCCCAUGUACCCACUACCGCCACUGUUGUUCCAAAUACAAACAACGUUACAGCUACUACCAAUAACAACAACAACAUCAGCCACCAUGGAAGCGCAAAUGUGAAUCUCAAUAGCCAUCACCAUCACCACCAUCACUACCAUGGCAACUCCAGCCUAUCCCACGUUCAGCACCACCACAAUCACAACCCAGUCAGCGGUGCAAAGUCUCCCGAUGUCUCUAAUCAGAACUCUGACCAGGCCAAUGAGGAGUGGGAGACUGCCUCAGAAAGCAGUGACUUCACUGAGUUUCGAGAGAGGGAGGGAGGUGGUGGUGGUGGCGGUGGCGGAGGAGGAGGAGGAGGAGGAGGGGGAGGAGUCGGAGGAGGUGGAGGUGGUGGCAGCGGCAGUGGAGGAGGUGGAGGAGGAGGAGUUGGAGGUAACAGUGGAAAAUCCUACUCCUCCUAUCACCACCACCAUCAUCCUUCAGGCAGAGGAGGUGGAGGUGGGGAGAGAGAGAUGACUACUAAAGAAUCGGCCGCCAACAAGAGGAGCUUUUCCAGCCAGCGACCUGGAAUGGAGAGGCAGAAUAGAAGGGUCAGUGGCGGUGGAGGCAGAGGCUCCAGAGGCCCACCAAGCAGUGGGGGUGGGCCAGGAGGUGUAGCUGGUAAUGGUGGGGCCAAUCGUGGUGAGAGGCGUGGCAACUGGCCAUCUCCCAAGAACAGGAAGUGAAUCCCUUACCCUUCUAAUUUGGAAACAUUUCAGAAGAAUCCCUCUUUUUCUGCCCACUCAUCUCUCAGUUCUCCUCCCCUAACAUGUUACCUUAUAAUUAUCAUUAUUAUUACUAUUAUUAUUAUUAUUGUACAAGAUAGUUAUGAAGAUGGUGUACACACUCAUUCUAGCUCCCUUGGUUUAUUGCUUUUGUCCCUUGUCCCUUUUUGUCCACACACACCUUUUGUUUCCGUUCAUGCACCCACAGACCCCAAGUUCUACUCAGAUUAGAUCUACCUGACCCCAUUUUAGAUGCAAGUAUAUCUUGACUGAAACAAACAUUCAUAUAUACAAAACUCAUACAUGUUUGCAUAUACAAGCACAAAAAGGCAUCAAGCUGGCACAACAGACACAUCCAUGUGAUUUCAGUGUGGGGCAGUCAUGCAUCCGUAGCAGAAUUGAUUGAGUCGUACACGAUGUUUAUAUAAUGUCCUGUGUAUUUAAACAACAAUGGGCGGUUUAGCUUGUGUAUUAAGCGAAGCAUUUCUGUAUAUUCUUCAGGUUGGGGCAGGGACAUGGAGGUGCUUUUUUAACAAGAACGGAUGUACCAUUUUUCCCUACUUUUGUGUUAAUACUUUCCUUUUACCUCAUCGUUCAGUUUACGUUUCAAAACCCCCUCCCUUAAGAAGUUAGGGUUGUAGUAUGUUGUCCUCUGCAAAGCAGGUCAUUAAAUGCAUUUUUAUACACACCCUUCUUGAUCUUUUUCAGUUUUUUAAUUUAUCACUAAUUUGUGUUUGCCCAAUCCAUGAAAUACUAAUGUUCACAUUUUUCUGUUUCUAAGAUCACUGUUGUAGCUGCUUGUUCAGAACUCUGUAGUGACCUUUUUUGUUUUGUUUCAACCAAGGUUGUUGUCAACCAAUCUUCUGUCUUUUUGUGUUUUCCUGUAGCCUUUUGGCCUCUGUAAAAAUUUUGUUUCAUUUGCUGAAAUAAUUUGUUCUAGAAAAACUCCUGCGUGUUCUAAGAAGACUGAAUUUCUUUGCUUUAUUGAAUCUCCCUGGCUUUUUCUACUGAGGAUUUGCGGUUUUAUCAUUUUAAUAUUAAUUAUUUGAAAACUCCUGAAAGCAAAUAAAAAUGAACAUACAUAUACAGUACUCCUCAUUUAAAGCCACUAUCCAGACUGCUUUCUUAUGUAUGCAAGUAAACUCCUAGACACUCCUAGAGUCUUUACCAUCUACUUAUUAGAUGUCAUUCAACCGUUCCCUUUUUAAUCUACAUGCACAGUAAAUGUUGUGCCAUUGAUGCGUUUUCUCACUGGUUGUAGGUCAUUUAGAGAGGUUCUCUGUUUAAUCACCUUCCAUUCAUUACGGCAACAAACUAUGACUGAAUGACAGACGUUUCUCAAGUACUUAUUUAAGAUAUUCAAGUCUUUGCCAAGGAGUCAGUCCCCCUCUUGGGGUAGUGUUACAAAAUGCAGUUAGUAUUCCUACACUGUAGUAAGAGUGAUGUGUACCCACUUUUAAUGGACUGUGGUGCACACUCUGUUGGCAAAGGUGUGUAGGUUCUGGUUUGAAAAGUUAAAUGAAAAGAUUAUAUUGAAUAACACCUGAACUAAAAAAAAAAAACUUUCCCUUUGUGUUCUGACCAGCAUCUGUAUUUUUACUGCUGUAAGUUGGGGUUUGUUUUUUGGGAAUGCCUUUAUCAGACAAUAGCUUUGGGAUAUUGAGUAGGGCUUCUAAAAAGAAAUGUUGUAUGAGUGAUUUGGGGAUUUGAAGUACAUGUGUGAAUUCUCUCUACUGUAUGUGUAAUGUUCUUUAUUUUGAGGGGAGGGGUGUUGAAAGCCGAAACGAUUGCCCUGUUUGGCUUUUUUUUUUCCUUUCUUUCUUUGUGGACAAUGCUAGGAUGUUUUUACCGUGUACUUAUAUACAUCCACGGAUAUGCAUUCAAGUGUGUGUAUGUUUAUCCAAAUGAAGUACUUGCAGUGAGAAUCAUUAAAAACCCCCUCCCCCAAUACUACGGAAAAGAAAUGCAGUGGGUAUAUAUAUAUAUAUAUAUAUUUUUUUUUUUCCUCUUAUCUUAUUCACCCCCUUUCCACCAUCCCCCCCCCCACACACACUGACAUUUUACCAAGCAUGAAAACAUCCUCAGCUAAAGCUCGCUCGGUGAGCCUAGCCAUCGGCAGCCAUAUACUCCCAUAGGCUCUCAGUGCGACCCCCUCAUCCCUUCUUAACUCUUAGCUAUCUAUUGAUGUGGUCAUAUUGUAUGUACCCAUGUUUAAUAAAUAAAUAAAUAAAUAAGCAUUAAAGUGUAUUCCUGGAAUACUCAAAAGAUUGUACUAUACUUUCAACUUUACCAAGGUACCUGAAGUGGUUACAGCUGUUAUAGCAUUUAUGGUUUAUUAUUGGAGCCUUGAUAUACACACAUGUAUGUAUAUUGGUAUGUAUCUAAGUUUGUCUACCCCAACUUACAUUCCCACAAACAAAUGUUGCCAUUUUUAAGUUCAAGGGAGCAAUGUACAAGCAGAGAAGUGUCUUAUUAUAAUAAAGUAUACAGAGAGAAAAGUUAAAUAAAAUCUUUUGUUUUAAUGGA